AUGGUCGUCACUAAGGAGAUGGUGAAGUUGGUGGGUUGGGUCGCGGGAGCUUUGAGGAUGUCAGUCCUUAAGGCAGGGAUCCAGGGAAUAGGGUUCCUGCACCUCUUGUUCUAUCCGCAGAUCUAUGCCUUUGGGGAGAUUGAUGGCUCUCUACGAGGCAUGGCGAAAUAUCAGAUAUGCGUCUCCUCCGUGGUCACCGACAGCAUUGAACUUUGUGGUGCCGGCAUACGUGGCGCAUCAAGGAAGCAUCCAAAAUUGAAACGCUGGCCAUACAAGAUGUUAAAGAAUUCUACUCCACUUACCAGCGCCAUGAUGGACGAAACGGACCAAUCUGGCGGCCAAACCUAA